AGUAUCGGCAAAAUGAUGAAUUAAUUUGAAAGUAAAGUUUAGUUCCCUUUGGCCAAAUUACUUCAUUUUCCUCUUUAACAUCGAACAACGCAAACGUCUUCAACACGAGCAUUUCUUCUUAAUCUUACUUUUUGAUUUCAAAUUAUAGGUAAAUCACUGUCGUUAUCUCUAACGUUUUGUCCUGGUGCGCGCAUUUUCAACCCCUAAGAAACGCUCGUAGCUGAAGGCACAGCAGCUUUAUGUAAUUUCAUGCAAUCGAGUCAAUCGAUAUCUUCCAUCAAUCAGACCAAUUUUUCAAAUAAAAAAGUACGACUUGGCGACCGAGACUUUUCAGGAUCGGUGGGCACAUCGUGGACGAGGGGGAGUUUCUCUGGCUUCUGGAUGGCGUCCGAGACCAAAUUGCCUUUUCUCAUCUUGAUUGAUAGCUGCCCCCGUGAAUAUCGUGCGCUUCCAUCUUUCUUGUUCUUGUCAGCACAUGAUCUCGAGGUUUCAAAAAGCUCCAAGAAUCGUAAAUCAACGAGGAAAAUAGUUUCAUUUGGCCACUGAUGAAGAUGGGUCAUCCCGGCGAUCAUCCUGGCACGUCAUCGUCCAUCACCCACUCCGUUUCGACGUAUCUCAAGCAGAAGUUGCAUUCCAUCCACUCCCACCUGGGCGGCGGUCACAAGCUCGACGAGGAACCGGCGCGGUCGGGGUCGGGACUAGGGUCGAGACCCGGAUCGUCCGCGGCGUGCAGUCACGCCACCGUCCUCGAGGGGUCGUGCGCCGACUGCGGCGAGGCCCUCGGAAACCACUGCGGCCGGGAUUUCGGGUACCUGGUGGAAGGGCUGCGGCUCUCGGCGGCCGAGGUCGCGGGGUAUCGCGAAUCGAGGAGUCUCGCGGAUGCUAAGAAGCUCUGCUUGGUUCUUGAUCUGGACAACACUUUGGUGGAUUCGGUCUUGCUGUCGCAUUUGGCACCGGAAGAGCAGUGCUCGUUGGAUGCUGCAGACGCUCCGUUGAACGGUACACUCUUCGUGCUGCAAGAUUUGCCCCUAGUGACCAAAUUGAGGCCCUGCGUGCGCGAGUUCCUGAGACAAGCCGGCGACAUGUUCGAGAUGUACGUGUACACGAUGGGCAACCGGGAGUACGCGGCGGCGGUCGUCAAUUUGCUCGAUCCGGAGGGAGCCUACUUCGGCUCCAGGGUCAUCUCGCGCGAGUUCAGCACCUCUUCCACUUACAAGAGCCUCGACCUCGUGCUGGCGCCGGAGAGCGCGGUCCUCAUCCUGGACGAUACCGAACAGGUCUGGCCAGAUCACAGGAGGAACUUGAUACCGAUCUCGGGUUACAAGUACUUCGAUUUCGAGACUGGUCUCGAGGACAGCAUAGAUUGGAAGUCGUACGCCGGAACGAGGAUCGACGAGGACGAGGACGGCGGCGUGCUGUCGUCUAUACUCGGCGUGCUGAAAGAGGUGCACGGGGAAUUUUUCGACCCCAAGUACGGGGCGAACAAUUGGGACAAACGGGACGUGAGGAAGGUGUUGGCCGGGGUGCGGUCUAGAGUCCUGAAGGGUUGUGUACUGGCUCUUAGCAAGAUUGUCGCAUCGGGAUCGGAGUCGGAUCGGCUCCGGGCGGCGGCGGAGGAGUUAGGGGCCAAGUGCAAGGCGGGCCUCGGGUCGUCGGUGACGCACGUGGUGGCUUUGGACGUGGAAGAAGAGAGCGCGAGGUGGGCCAAGCGAGAAGGGAAGAAGUUGGUAUCGCCGGAUUGGUUAUGGGCGGCUUAUUAUCACUGGCGGAGAAAACCAGAAGAUGAAUUCUCAUUGUUAUCGGAAAGUUGAAUUAGAUCGUGAUGAUUUUGGUUUUUUUGUUUUUUUAAAUUUUUGUUUAUUUAUUUCUUUACUUAGCUGGAUUUUUUUUUUUGAAUUUAAGGAAAUUUCAAUUUGGGAGACCCCUUUGUUAUAAAGUUUUAGGUAACGCGAUAGUUUCUUGCCUUGAUGAUGGAACUCCUGAAAUUUCUCAUGCCGGCGGUGUGUU